UCUAAAUGGAAGCAGAGAAAUCCAAAGAAGUACCUCCUCCGGAGGAAAUGAAUGCUGAAGAAACCAAAGAUGAUGAAGAAGAUCCUACUACAUUUAAUAGAAUUGAAGAAAUCCUCAAAGAAAAUGAUAUAGAUUACGAUGUGGCAACUCAUAAAGCAGCUAUCACUGCUCAAGAAUCCGCUGAUGUUCGAGGUGCCACUCUAGAAAGUGGAGCUAAAUCUAUGUUAAUCGUUGAUCGUUCAAAAUAAACUCAAUUCUGUAUACUUCCUAUGAGUAAUGUCAGCAGCUGAAAAGAUAAACUGGAAACUUAUUAAAGAAAUCAUUGGGACUAAAAAGUUAAAAUUGGCUACUGUCGAGGAAGUUCUCACUCAAACAGGAUGAGCUGUUGGAGGAGUCCCUCCUUUUGGAAGCUUAUUCAAUGUACAUACCUAUGUUGAUAACAGUCUUGUUGAGCAAGGAGAGACCAUAAGUUUUAAUGCAGGUCUUAAGACCAGGUCUAUUCUCAUGAAGACAGAAGAUUACCUUAAAGUUGAGAAUCCUAAUCUAUGUAAUUUUAUUGUUAAAGAAGAGCCUAAGUCUGAAUAGGUUUAAAAGA